AAAUCCGUCACUUCCGUGUUUUUCCGGAAGUGGAUAUGGCUAACUGCAGCAAUAGAGGAGACGAGAGAAUGAGAGAUUCUGCUGGAAAUGUCUCAGGAACAGACCUGUUGCUUCACCCAGAACUUCUGUCUCGGGAUUUUCUCAAACUCGUCUUACACGAGAAAAAGAUAAAAACAGAUGACAGUGAAGACCCUGACCAUCUCACUGAGAUAUAUAUUCAGCAUGUCAUCCCACUCCCACAGCGAGAACUCCCCAAUAACAGGUGGGGGAAAAGAAUGGAGAAGACACAUCCACGCCUGAGACUGACCAGUGCACACAGCUCGAGCAAUGAUAGUGGCAGGAAGCGGCCCUUGAUCGUGUUUGAUGGCAGUUCCACCAAUACUGGCAGCAUUAAACUAAAGAAAGCUGAUGAUGUGCUAGUUACAGAUCCCUUAAAGUCCCCACCUUCCAACAUCAAUCUCAGUAAUCCUAUACGUAAACUUUCAGGGUCCUCCACAAACUCAUCCUCCUCCCGGGCUUCAACGGGAAGUGCCAGGAGUCCUACAGGAAAUGGCAGCCUGAAUAGCUCUUCAGCUCCAAAUCCAGUACAGUCUAACUGCUUGAGCACCAAACUAAAGCGAGCAGCAUCCAGCUCAGGAGUGCCUGAAAGCCCUGAGCUCAAGUCACCUGAGAUGAAAAAGAAGAUUCAACAUGUCACAUGGCCAUGAUUUCCUAUCAGAAGUGCUAACAGGAAGAAGUACCUUUAGGGGGCUUCUGAUGGGUGUAUCUCGCGUGGCCAUGUGUCCUGUAGAAGGAAUAGGCCAUAUUUGGGAAUAUGAACUUGUGCACCUGAAUACGGAUGUGCACUGUUCCACUGUCCCACCUGCUGGUUCAGAUCCUCAUAGACGUGCCAACAGAGUGUUAAGACUUCCCUCGUGACCACCUUUAGACUGGUGUUAUAUAUGCAGGUUUAAAAGACGACAAGGAUGGCUCUCUUUUAAACACUGUAAAAAUGUCAUUUUUACUUGAAUAAAUAAUGAUCUGUUCAUCACAUCAUUUUAAUUUUACAACCCUUCAAGUUGUGCUCAAAAGUUUGCAUACCUUGGGAGAAUUUGCCCAAUGUAUAUUGUUUUUAAAGAAAUAUGUAAGGCAUAUUUCUCAAACUGAACGUUUGAGAUCUCCCCAAUGUGGCUCAAUGAUACUGAAGUCAGGAGACUGUGAUGGCCUCCAGAACCUUCACCUUUUUCUGCUCUAAGCAUUAGCGGGUCAACCUUGCCUUGUGCUUUGGAUCAUUGUCAUGUUGGAACAUCCGAGAACGUCCCAUGCGCAGCUUUUGUGCUGUAGAAUGCAAAUUAUUUGCCAGUAUUUUAUGAUAACAUGCUGCAUUCAUUUUGGCAUCAGUUUAAUCUUCCCUGUACCACUGGAGCUCACACAACCCCAAAACAUAGGAGAUCCAAUACCAUGCUUUAUAGUGGUGAUGGUGUACUUUUCACCGUAGGCCUUGAUGACUCCUCUCCAAACAUAGUGUAGGAAAGUUCAAUUUUGGUCUCAUCACUCAAAAUGACUGCUCCAGAAACUGUGAGGCUUGUCUAGGUGCUGUCUCGCGUACUGAAGACGUGCCUUUUUGUGGCAUGGGCGCAGUAACGGUUUUCUCCUGGCAACUUGACCAUGCAGGUCAUUUGUGCUCCUUAUUGUGCUCCUUAUUGUGCUCCUUGAAACACAACCACAAUUUUUUUCCAGAGCAGCCUAUAUUUCCCUUGAAGUGGUUUGUGGUUUUUUUCUUUGCAGCCUGAACAAUUUUUCUGCCAGUAGUCGGUGAAAUCUUUCUUGGUCUACCUGACUGUGGCUUAAUAUCAAGGGAACCUCUUAUUUCCUUAAUCAGAGUUUGAACAGUACUGAUCGGCAUUUUCAAGUGUUGAGAUAUCUUUUUAUAUCCUUUUCCUGCUUAAAUUUGAACAAAUUUUAAUAAAUUUCAACUACCUUAUUACAGAGGUCCAUUGGCAGUUCUUUUGUCAUCCCCAUGGUGCAGUAUCCAGCCAAGUCAGCACAUCACUUCAUGAGAUGAGAAACUCGCUGACUAUUUAUGUACCGACACUAAUUACAAUGAGUAACAGCUGUGGAAACUUCACUUUAAUAGCCAUUUAAACCUCUUUGUAUCAACCUGUGUGUUUAUAAUGUGGUUAAUCUUUUGGUCAGGGUUGUUUAGGUGAUCUCAGUUAUCAUUAGGUUUUAAAAAGGAGUCAAGCAACCAUGUGAUAAUUAAUGACUUCAUGUGACUACUAUCCUUAAAUAUUUUUAAAUCCUUAAAUAUUUUCCAAAUAAAUGCCAGUGUUUAACCUUUUUUUCCCUUUCAGGGUAUGCAAACCUUUGAGCACAACUGUAUAUCUACAGCUUGACAUGAGUUCAGAAACAGACACGGUGGGGAAUUCAGAGACAACAUGCAGGAUUCUCAUUGGGAUGUGCGCACAAUGCGUGAAUUAAAUUUACCUUGACAUUUUAAUGUCUUGGACUUGUAUAAAAACCUUUUCCCUCAGUUAAUUUUUAUUUGGUUUAGCUGGGAGAUAAAAAAUGACAUGGAUUUUUACCUUAUUUGCCAGUCCAGUGCUUUCCACAUGGAGCUCUUAAUGAGGCUCUUUUUCAUUUACUCAAUAAAACCUGGAGUUGACUUU